AUGGAUGUCGACGAGAAUGGCUCGAUGAUUGGAGCGACAGCGGUGGGUGUUGUGGCCAUCGCUGUCCUGUGGACCUUGUGGAUCCUUCGACCUAAUGCACAUGCACCCGUCGAGUUCAUCUUCCAUCCUUCAUCUGUCCUCCAUCGACGUAUUGUGGAGACAGGUCUCACACAAGCGUACGUGCCUCCUUGGUAUGCAACCAACGCGCACGUUCAGCUGUUCAUGUUUUGCUUGCUUCCUCAAGUCGACGUCCAUACAUACGACCGGGAACUCGUGGCGAUGGAGGACGGUGGGCAAGUGGCACUCGACUGGAUUGCAUCUACGUUACCUCCGUCGGCACCGAUCGUUCUCGUACUGCACACUCUGGCUGGCUGCAGCCAGGACAUGCGCGAGUUCUGCCACGCUGCCACGUCAUCUGGGUAUCGCGCGGUGGUGUUCAACAAGCGCGGGCAUGGCCAGUCCAAGCUCACGACGCCCCGAUUGCAAGCAUUUGGGUGCACCAGCGACAUGAAGGCGGUGCUCGCGCACGUACAAAGCACGUUCCCUGGCGUUCCUGUCGUCGGUACGACAUGUCCCUUCAACUUCAACGAUGGCGAGGCAGCGUCACGUGUAGGCGUGGGGUACUCCGCCGGCGCAGGUCUCCUCAGCUCGUACCUGGGUGAAAUGGGCCAACAUUCCAAGCUCGCCGCGGGGGUGCUCGUGUCUCCAGGGUACCAACACUACAUGGUGCACGCGACGUCGACAAGCCCGAGCCAUUUUCACGCCCAAGGUGGCUUGCAUCCUCUGUACAACUACCUGAUGGCCAAGUCCCUUCAGGUAGGAACCAUACCAUUUUAUAGGACAAGUAUCGACAUCUGUAGACCCUGUUGGCUCCGCAUCAUGCGAUGCUGGCGUCGUAUAUCGACCUACCCGCAGCAAACGCCGCUUCGUGUAUGGCGGACUUUGACCAAGCGGUAUACGUGAAGCUCCAUGCGUUCGAGUCGUUGGCCGAGUACUGGAAAGCGAGCGAUCCGCUUCGGGACGUGCACAACAUCGCCGUCCCCACGCUCUUCCUCAGCGCAAAGGACGACCCCGUCUGUCCCACUCGGUUGAUUGACGUUGGCAUCGUCGACCGGAACCCGUACAUCAUGCUCGCGUUCACGUCCCACGGAAGUCACUGUGGCUUCUACGAGCACAAGCACGGCCGCCUGCAGUCGUGGGCGCCGACUGCGGCCCUCGCCUACCUCGACCAUGUCCUCGGAAGAACGCUGUAGCUUGAAGUUGCAUGAACACUCCGUUACUCCUAGUGAUCAUUCGGUCAAAAUAAUACAGGAGUGCCCAAUAUAGAUGCAGGACAUUCCAAAAUACACCCAAGUGGCAGA